GAGGGGCUACGCUGACGUACGCGUGCGCUCCCGGUCUCUCUCGUCAACUCGGGUUUGACCUACAGCCGCCCAGGAGAUGAUGGCCACCCCAGCAGUAUCCGGGCUCUCCCGGCAGGUGCGAUGCUUCAGUACAUCUGUGGUCAGGCCGUUUGCCAAGCUUGUGAGGCCACCUGUUCAGAUACAUGGUAUCGAAGGUCGCUAUGCCACCGCUCUCUAUUCUGCUGCAUCUAAACAGAAUAAACUGGAGCAAGUGGAAAAGGAAUUGCUGAGAGUAGCACAAAUCUUGAAGGAACCCAAAAUGGCGGCUUCUAUUAUGAAUCCCUAUGUAAAGCGUUCCAUUAAAGUGAAAAGCCUGAAUGACAUGUCAGCAAAAGAGAGGUUUUCUCCCCUCACGUCCAAUCUGAUCAACUUGCUUGCUGAGAAUGGUCGCUUGAGCAACACCCCUGGCGUCAUUUCUGCCUUCUCCACCAUGAUGAGCGUCCACCGCGGAGAAGUACCUUGCAUGGUUACCACUGCGUCUCCUUUAGAUGAAGCCACUCUUACUGAAUUAAAAACGGUCCUGAAGACCUUCCUAAGUAAAGGCCAAGUCUUGAAAUUGGAAGUUAAGACUGACCCAUCAAUCAUGGGUGGAAUGAUUGUCCGUAUUGGAGAGAAAUAUGUUGAUAUGUCUGCAAAAACCAAGAUUCAGAAGCUGAGCAGAGCAAUGCGGGAGAUUUCCUAAAAGUGUUGAUUUUCUGUCAGUGAAAAUUCUUAAGCUUGGAGCAACAAUAAAAUGCUUCCUGAACAGAA